AUGUCAGUCUCUACAAACGAAAUAAAGGAUACCGAGGAAACCCUCGCGCCAGCCAAGCAGUCGGCCUCUUCCCAAACCCUCGCACAGCUCCGAUCCUUCGUUGCCGGCGGUGUAGGCGGUGUCUGCGCCGUGGUGAUCGGCCACCCCUUUGACCUGGUCAAGGUGCGCAUGCAAACAGCCGAAAAGGGCGUAUAUACGGGUGCCAUCGAUGUUGUGAAGAAGACGGUUGCGCGCGAGGGUCUGGCGAGGGGGUUGUAUGCUGGUGUUUCGGCGCCGCUUGUGGGUGUUACGCCUAUGUUCGCCGUCAGCUUCUGGGGCUACGAUCUCGGCAAAACGCUCGUUUCAUCUGUCUCUACCGUCCCAGUACACAACAACACACCCCAGUAUAGCAUAGCGCAAAUAUCCGCGGCCGGCGCCUUCUCUGCCGUGCCCAUGACACUGAUCACAGCGCCCUUUGAGCGAGUUAAAGUCUUGCUUCAAAUUCAAGGGCAAAACCCGCCUCCGGCCGGGCAAAAACCGAAAUAUUCAGGCGGCGUCGACGUCGUGCGUCAACUGUACAAGGAAGGCGGACUUCGUAGCGUGUUCCGUGGCUCGGCAAUGACGCUAGCACGCGAUGCACCAGGUUCGGCAGCCUAUUUUGCUGCUUAUGAGUAUAUCAAGCGCUCGCUCACCCCCAAGGAUGAGCAUGGCAAUGUCACCGGUGAACUGUCGCUGACAGCCGUGUUGGCGGCCGGAGGUACGGCGGGCAUUGCGAUGUGGAUUCCUGUGUUCCCAGUUGAUACGGUCAAGUCGAGAUUGCAGUCUGCGUCAGGGAAUCCGACUAUUGGGGGCACGAUUAGGGCUAUUCAUGCUAGUGGUGGUUUCAAGGCAUUUUUCCCUGGGUUUGGCCCGGCGUUGGCGCGUGCUGUGCCUGCUAAUGCUGCUACAUUCCUCGGAGUUGAGUUAGCGCACAAGGCUAUGACCAAGUUUUUCGGAUGA